CAAAGGUGUUGCUGAGGGCCACAGGCCUGGAGUCUAGGGGCCGGGGACAGGUCUGGAGGGUGGACGGUGGACAGAGGUCUGGAGGGUGGAUGGUAAGCCCCCCUGAUGUACUCUUUCUGCCUUUGCCAGGUGGAGCACGCAGGCCCGUGAGCUGUGAGCAGAGCCGAGAGGAAUCAGGCUGCUGGGCCUGGAGAUGGUGGGGAACUGCUCCUGGGAGGGCCAGCCCGCAGACAGGAGCAAGAUGUGUCCCGGCCCCAGCGAGGCCCCGGAGCUCUACAGCCGAGGCUUCCUGACCAUCGAGCCCAUCAGCCCGCUGCCCCCGCCAGCCGUCAUGAACUACAUCUUCCUGCUGCUCUGUCUGUGUGGGCUGGUGGGCAACGGGCUGGUCCUCUGGUUUUUUGGCUUCUCCAUCAAGAGGACCCCUUUCUCCAUCUACUUCCUGCACCUGGCCAGCGCCGACGCGGGCUACCUCUUUAGCAAGGCCGUGUUCUCCAUCCUGAACACCGGGGGCUUCCUGGGCACCUUCGCCGACUACAUCCGGGCCGUGUGCAGGGUCGCGGGGCUGUGCACGUUCGUGGCCAGUGUGGGCCUCCUGCCGGCCAUCAGCUCCGAGCGCUGCGCGUCCGUCCUCUUCCCCGCCUGGUACUGGCACCAGCGGCCCCGGCGCCUGUCAGCCGUGGUGUGCGCCCUGCUCUGGGCCCUGGCUCUCCUGGUCACCGGCAUCCACCACUACUUCUGUGUCUUCCUGGACCGCCAGGCCUCGGGGCCCGCCUGCAGGCACAUGGACACCUUCCUGGGCAUCCUGCUGUUCCUGGUCUUCUGCCCGCUCAUGGUGCUGCCCUGCCUGGCGCUCAUCCUGCACGUGGAGUGCCGGGCCCGGCGGCGCCAGCGCUCAGCCAAGCUCAACCACGUGGUCCUGGCCACGGACUCCGUGUUCCUCGUGUCCUCCAUCUACUUGGGGAUCGACUGGUUCCUCUUCUGGGUCUUCCAGAUCCCGGCCCCCUUCCCCGAGUACGUCACGGACCUGUGCAUUUGCAUCAACAGCAGCGCCAAGCCCGUGGUCUACUUCCUGGCCGGGAGGGACAAGUCCCAGCGGCUGUGGGAGCCGCUCCGGGUGGUCUUCCAGCGGGCCCUGCGGGACGGCGCUGAGCUGGGGGAGGCGGGGGCGGGCACGCCCAACACUGUCACCAUGGAGAUGCAGUGCACCCCUGGGAAUGCCUCCUGAGCUGCCCCGGGUGGAGGGAGCCAGGGGCGGCCCUGGCCACUGGGGACCCCUUGCCGUUGGGCAGACAGAAACAGGGCCUGGCCCACGGGCACAGAAGAGUCUGCUUCUGCCCCGCGUGUCUUACUGUCCCAGAUUUAGGGGUUCUGGGGAUGCCGAGACCCACAGCAGCCACCUCCAAACUUACAGGUGGUCCUGCCAGGUGCCCCCGCCCACCUCCCCCAGCGCUCCUGCUGUGCCCCAUUGUCAGAGGUGCCAGCUGGGGGCCGUCCUCACCCAGGCUGGCCAGCAAAGGACAGGAGGGGGUCGCCCAGCCCAUGCGCCUCCUGACCCUUUGGUCAGCACCCCUGAAAGCCACACAGCCUGUACCGCCCACCACCGGCCAGCAGCCCCCUCCCUGCUGCGAGACCCUGCGGUCUCCAUCCCUCCCGGGGGACACUGGGGGCAGAGCUGACCUUAUGGUGCUACCUGGGACAGGCUCCCCUUAACCUGCCUCGAAGUCUCUAUAAACAGUCUCUAUAAACAGUCUCUAUAAACAAUGUCCCUGCCCCCGGGACCAAAACCUUAGUGACUUACGGGCACGUCUGGCCUGUGAGCAGCUGAUACAGGAGGAAGAACCAGCAACCAGAGGCCGUGACUCCUCCGACUCCCACUCAGCCAGCUGCUCCCCGCCGCUCCUGGAGCCCGCGCCUGGCCCGGCUGCUGCCCGCCUGGCCUCAGCCUCCUGCACACCCACUGCCGGCCUCCGGGCUCCUCCCCACCUACAAAUGGGCUCCGGCUUGGCCCCGGCCCCCUGCCCACCAGCCAGCACGGUGCCCAGCGCAGCCAAAGGACGUUUGAUGAAAGACAAUAAAUGUGCAUCAAUAAACGCUUUCCCUCUGCGCUCGGGAAGCCUGUGGCCCUCUGUGCA